GAGGCGCGCCCAAGAUGGCGGCCUCCAUGUGCGACGUGUUCUCCUUCUGCGUGGGCGUGGCGGGCCGGGCCCGAGUCGCCGUGGAAGUCCGCUUCGUGAACAGCUCCAAGGGAAAGGGGCUAUUUGCCACACAGCUGAUCCGGAAAGGGGAGACCAUCUUUGUUGAACGGCCCCUGGUGGCUGCACAGUUUCUCUGGAAUGCACUUCAUCGCUACCGAGCCUGUGACCACUGCCUGCGGGCACUGGAGAAGGCAGAGGAGAAUGCCCAGAGGCUGACUGGGAAACUUGGCCAGUUGCUGCCUCACCCUGAGCUAUGCACUGUGCGCAAGGACCUCCACCAGAACUGUCCCCACUGCCAGGUGAUGUACUGCAGUGCAGAAUGUAGGCUAGCAGCUGCAGAGCAAUACCAUCGGGUCCUGUGCCCAGGCCCCUCCCAGGAUGACCCUCUGCAUCCUCUCAAUAAGCUGCAGGAGGCAUGGAGGAGUGUUCACUACCCCCCUGAGACUGCCAGCAUCAUGUUGAUGGCCCGGAUGGUGGCCACAGUGAAGCAGGCUAAGGAUAAGGAUCGUUGGAUCAGGCUCUUCUCCCAGUUCUGUAAUAAGACGGCCAACGAGGAAGAGGAAAUUGUCCACAAACUCUUGGGGGAUAAAUUCAAGGGCCAGCUGGAACUUCUGCAGAAACUCUUCACAGAGGCCCUUUAUGAGGAAACACUCAGCCAGUGGUUCACUCCAGAUGGAUUCCGGUCUCUCUUUGCUCUUGUUGGGACCAAUGGUCAAGGAAUUGGGACCAGCUCCCUGAGCCAGUGGGUCCAUGCCUGUGACACUCUGGAGCUGAAGCCUCAGGACCGUGAGCAGCUGGAUGCCUUCAUUGACCAGCUGUACAAGGACAUCGAGGCAGCAACUGGCGAGUUUCUUAACUGUGAAGGAUCAGGCCUCUUCGUGCUUCAGAGCUGUUGCAACCACAGCUGUGUCCCCAAUGCAGAGACAUCCUUCCCAGAAAACAACUUCCUUUUGCAUGUCACCGCCCUGGAGGAUAUUAAGCCAGGAGAGGAAAUCUGCAUCAGCUACUUAGACUGCUGUCAGCGGGAGCGCAGCCGCCACAGCCGCCACAAGAUCCUCAGGGAGAACUAUCUGUUUGUUUGUUCCUGCCCCAAAUGCCUGGCAGAAGCUGAUGAACCCAAUGUAACCUCUGAAGAGGAAGACGAAGAGGAGGAGGAGGAAGGAGAGGCAGAAGAUGCGGAGCUGGGGGAUGAGAUGACUGAUGUAUGAUGUCACCCUGCCUGGAAGGGGCCCUACCCCAGACUCUGCCAGAAAAGGGGGCCUUCCCCAGAGAAGAGGCUUAGAAGGAACUCCCCACUCCCGUUGCCUGCUUCCCCCAUUCCAGCUGUUUCUGUCAGAGUAGGACAGAGGCUGGACCCUAGACCCUCCACUCUCCAGCAGACCUCAUGCCCUGGACACUGCUGCUGAGUGGCUCGGUUCUGCGUUGUCACUGAGCCUUUCAGAAUUGGUCCCGAAAAAUACUCCACUCCAGAAUGUGAGCAGCUGGAACCAAAGUCAGGGCCUAACAGUAUUUCUUCCCCUUGGCUGUGCCUACCCAUCAAUCUGAGGCUUCACCCCUCUCUACUUGCUGUGGAGGGGGGAACAAAGUGGCAGUCUGAGAACAGCCUUACUUUAUUGAAGAAGAAAGAAGAGGGGGUGAGUUGCCCUCACCUCCUUCCCUCCCUCCCCACACUGUAGCUGAUAAGGCAACUGCCUGGCUACCAGCACAGCUGAGUGAGGCAGGAAGAACUGGGCCUCCAGGGCACUCUCCCCACUCUCUCUCCCAGGAACACUGAACUAGGGGGAACUACCUCCCUGUCCCUACAUCCCCACUCCCACCACUUGGACAUCGCGGGGAGUGGAGAGUAACCCCUUCCACAAACUCUAGAAUCUCUAUCCUGUGCCUUGCCCCUCUAGCCCUGGCACAGUCGCUGGCCCCAUAGGGUAUGGAAAAGACUUCUGCCUCCCUCAGGAGGGGCGUGUGGGGGGGAUCACUCCUUCCUCAUACUCUCUUCCCAUUGAGGACUCUAGCAGCAUGGCUGAGACCGGGGUUGUAACAGGCCUGUGCUCUUUAGGAUGCUCUAGAGACUUCCCUGGGACUAGUUGAACAUGGAUCAGUGAGGGGCUCUCCUAGCCUCAGUCUCCAUCUUUAAGGUCUCCACGGAGGAACACUGAAGUCUUCCAGAAAUGUAGAGGAACUGGGCUAGAUACUUGGAGAUUAGCCCUGACUGCAUCCCCCUAUCCCCAAAUUAGCACUACCCCUCACUCUUGGGUUGGGUGCUGUGGGAAUUAUAACUCAUCACUCACAAUCCCUUUCUGCCUACCUUCCUAAGGGGUCUUCCAUAUCCCCCUGCUAAGGGAUCCCAGGAAGGCAGGUGCCUGCCCACAGGUCCUUCCCUGGAUUAUGAGCCAGGUGGAGCCUGCCUGCCUGGCCUAUUUGGGUUCUUGCUCCUUCACAGCAGCCAGCAUCCCCUCCCACCCCUGCCUGC